AUGGUUCUUGCCAAAACACAAAGCGUGACGAGUCGUCAAAAUAGUCGGUCGAAAUGGGAAGUCGGGUGGCUGCGGUGUUUCCAAAGGAGGCCGAGCCGGUUUAACGAGAUUCUGCAGCUCGCCAUGGAGUGCAACUUUAAAGCUGUGGACUCGUCGUCGGAACCGAAUUGGACACUUUGUCGUGAAAAUGGCGUGUGGCUCGACUUGAGCAGCGCCUCUGGCCUGCAGAGACUUCUUCACUGCCUGGUUGUCAAUGUAACACAGGAGAAAAACAACAACAGCAACAGCAGCACAUCCGGCCUCGGAAUGGCUCAGGACCGCGGCAAGUACGACUUCUACAUCGGCCUGGCUCUCGCUGUCAGCUCCAGCAUCUUCAUCGGCGGCAGCUUCAUCCUCAAGAAGAAGGGCCUGCUGCGUUUGGCCAGGAAGGGAUCCAUGCGAGCCGGUCAGGGCGGCCAUGCUUAUCUCAAGGAGUGGCUGUGGUGGGCUGGUUUACUUUCAAUGGGUGCCGGUGAAGCCGCCAACUUUGCAGCGUACGCCUUCGCCCCCGCCACUCUAGUCACGCCCCUGGGCGCCCUCAGCGUGCUGGUCAGCGCGGUGCUGUCGUCGUACUUCCUGAGUGAGCGCUUGAACCUUCACGGCAAGCUUGGCUGUCUGCUCAGUGUGCUGGGCUCCACGACCAUGGUCAUACACGCCCCUAAAGAGGAGGAGAUCAGCAGCCUGGACGACAUGGCGCGAAAGCUGGUCGACCCAGGCUUCUUCAUCUUCGCCACGGCGGUGGUAACGGUGGUGCUGGUGUUGAUUUUGGCGGUGGCCCCACGCCACGGUCAGACCAACAUCCUGGUGUACAUCAGCAUCUGCUCGCUCAUCGGCUCGCUGUCCGUGUCGUGCGUCAAGGGCCUCGGCAUCGCCAUCAAGGAGGCGCUGGGCGGCAUCAAUGUGGCACGCGCCCCCCUGGCCUGGCUGCUUGUGGUGGGCCUGCUGGUCUGCGUGGGAACGCAGAUCAACUUCCUCAACAAGGCGCUGGACAUCUUUAACACGUCCCUGGUGACGCCCAUCUACUACGUGUUCUUCACCACUUCCGUGCUAACGUGCUCGGCCGCGCUCUUCAAGGAGUGGCAGCACAUGGGCGCGGCGGACGUCAUCGGCACAUUGGCCGGCUUCCUCACCAUCGUGGUGGGCAUCUUCCUGCUGCACGCCUUCAAGGACGUCAACGUCAGCUUGGCCACGCUGGCCGCCGCCGUGCGCAAGGACCAAAAGCGCGCCAACGGCGCCUCCACCGACGCCAACUGUACGUACCAACUCCUCCAUAGCAACGGCGACGUGGACGAAGAGCGCGAGACGCCGUUCGACGCCGUCUCAAGGCGCAAUGGGAGCUUGGUGUCGUAGAGACAAUCUGGUCCAAUGGAUUCUACUCGUUUUCCUUUGCCUUACUUUCCCCCUCUCGUCUCUUUCCAUUCAGUUGUAGCACUAGGGGAGAAAAAUGGCUGUGUUGGGAAUCACUACUGUGCACGAUGUGUGCAAACAAUUUUUAUCGUGGGCCCCACACGCAAGGAGGAAGUUAUGAAGUGAAGAUCAUGAACUUGACCUCCAUGUGUGGUGGUCAAGAAAUCACAGCAAAAUGAUCAGUUUCUCAAGAUUUUGCUGUGGAGCAAUACAGUAGGUCCCUGCUAUUCACCGGAGAUGGAGACUGGGCAAACAGGGAAAAUCUCUGUAUAAUCAUGUCCCAUCAAAAUUAAAAAAAAAAAAAAAAAUAAAAAUAAUCUGCAAAUAUAUAACUAAGUAUGCAGGGUCCCACUAUCAAUAUGUUUUGAGUAAAAUUUACAUUUUGAUUUCGCUGUCAGCUCAAGACAAGCUUUGCUCUGGGACAACGCUUGUAUGUCAAAUCACUCGUAUUCCAAAUCAGCUUUCCCGAUUGCAUUCAUUCAUUCCGGUGUUCCAAUAAGCAUUAUUUUUGUAAUGUUAAGGAAAGUAGCACUUUACAGUAUUUGACUUCAUAAAAACUUAACAUAGUUCAGUAAAAGUAAUGGAAUAUUUUUCUUACUAGAAACGCACUACAAAAUGUUUUGUGGUGAGGGGGCAAUUUAACAAAUGGCAUUUCCAUUUGAUUUAAGGCACCACUCUAUUGUAAUCUUGAGUAUUUACCUGCUGAAAAUUUUGAUGAAUAGUAAAACUACAUUACCAGAAUCUCCCCUCCCCACAUCAUUUUUUAUUUUUUUAAUUCAUGACUUGAACCUUCCUAUUGCAUUCCUGCGUCAAUUUAACCUGUGGUAUGUGUAACCCUCCUUGUGUCGGUUUGUUUCGCUAUACCAAAAACGAUCAUGGGUCAAAGUGACCUGCUGCAUGUUCAGCCAGCAAGAAAAUGAAUACAAAUAGUUUAAUCGCCAAUAUUUGCUCUUAACUAUUGGGGGGGGGGGGUUUAAAAUCACAUUUCCAUAAAUUUCGAUGGGUAAAUUUGAGAAAUUCUGAAAUCAAAGUGCAGUCACAGAAGGGAUUAAACUCAGGGGUGUACUUACUCCCCCCUCCCUCUACUCAAUUCCAAUCAUUUCUCCUGGUACAUGAAUUAUUCAUGCGGCAGGUGGGUCAUAUUGACCCAUGAACACGUUCACUGUAUCACCGGAUCGCCAAGUUUAAAAUACUGUAUGUGAAACAAAGCAUUUUUAUUCAAGUGACCAGAAAUGUCAUAUUUUUUCCUUCUUAUUUGGGUCAAUUUGAUCCGUAGCAUAGGAGGGUUAAACUGUUUUCAUGCACUGGAAAUAUUUAUAUUCAACAUGAGGUUUCACUGUCACUACAAAUUGUCGUGAUACUUGAAAGUAACUUUGAUUUUAAUUUUUCAGAGAAAAAUGCAGCUCUGUGGAUGAACAACAGAUUUGUUACAUACAGUAUUUAUUGAAAUAAUAAAACGAUGAUUAAAAGUCAAGGCACAGUCAAUAGAAAUGCGUUGGCAUGCAAAAUAUGAAAAACAAAACUUCACCGCACUUCUAAUGUUCCAUCUUCAUCACCACCACCAACACCACAAAAUCUUUUAAAUAUUAAUCUCUUAGAAAGUUUAUCUAGAAGUAUAAAACAAUCUAUUAACCCGAUAAGGCACAUGUGAAUACAAAAAUUUUAUUGUGGGAAUAAAACUCAAUGGUCUUUGCUAGCCGAGUACCCCC